AAGAAAAAUGUGUGGGAUCCGAGUAUUUCCAGUCAGUAUCAGGACACUCAUGCAGUUAUGUAGCUAGUUCCUAAAGUCAGCUGUGACAGAGAGAGACAGCAGAUUUACAUAAAAAGGGAAAGAGAGAGAGAGGGAGGAAGUUACAUCCAGGGCGUGGAGACAGUGAGGGUUGAAUGAAAGUUGAAGAUUGAAGAUGAGACAGGGAGAGGAGUGUACGUACAGUAGCCUGAGGUGAAACUCUUAUCAGAUGAAUCGCUUCAGGGCUCGUAUCAAACCGUUUUAGUCUGUUGAUCGUGGACGUAGCACACCAUUGGGGUUUGGAGGUGACACCAAUGGAUACUGUCAUAGCAGCAUCUGGUGCAUUAUGCUCCCACUUCACUAAUGAACACAUGGAAACUGUACGAUGGACAGAGGUGUACAGUGAUCAUGGAGGCCGCUGAGAGAAUGACAAUAAAGCAAGACUGCAUCUACUCCACUGUCAACAGGCUACAGAGCGGCUAUCUUGUUGGAAACAGAGGGUUUCAUAUCGAAAACAAGGGAGCUGUGCAAAGUAAAAAAGGGACACCAAAACUUCCCUUCACCCCGUUAGAAAACCUGAGCAUCUGGAGGGAAGACUCAUCCACGAUGGCUCACAGGAGGCAGAUGUUUGACCCUCACGGCAAUGACAGUGCUCUCUUAGUAGGAACCAAGUUACCCAGAACCAGUGGAGGCAACAUCAAGGACAAGAUUUCUCUGUGGGAGUGCAAGGAGCCUGCUCAGACAUCUCUUACCUCGGGUACUUUGGGCCAGUGUGCUAGUGUAAAAAGGACAGAAUCUCUGACAAAAAGCGUCAAUAAAACAAUAGACCAACAAAGUGCUGAGAGCUGUAGGAGAGCGGCCCCUAAGGAAAAGCAGGAUAUUGGGAAAGAGAAUAUGGGAGAACUCAGAGAUUCAAGGCCUUGUUCACCUGUUGAGCCCGGGAACCAGCAGAGGGGUACGUUCCAUGACACAUCCAGUGACAAUCAAACCGAGGAGGACAGUAGAAGAGUUCACAAAGACGUGCAGGACCAUGAGAAAGAGAAUGCAGGAAAGCUUGGGGAUUCAAGGCCUUGUUCGCCUACAGCGUUAGACAAGCAGCAGGUGGGGACGCUAAGAAAAAGCAAUGACAGGAGAGGAGCAGAACCAGCUAGCCAGGAGAAGAGAGCCGUAUUUACUCUUUUUAAAAAGCUUGAGGCUAUGGGUGACAACCACGGGAAAACCCCUACAGAGCUCGGAAACUACUUCAGCCCACCGAGCAAGGACAAACAGGGGGAGGUGAAGAAAAAAGAAGGGAAUGUGUACACAGAGCCGGGUGCGCCCCCCAUCAACCCUGUACCCAAACCCCGACGUACCUUCCAGCACCCUGCCAAUGCCCCUACGGGAAAAAGUCACAGGCAGGGAAGAGGGCAGAGGAACCUCCCGCCACUGCCCUCUAUGUCUUCUAAAACGUCCCAAAAACCUCCUUCUGGUGUCUAUGGGAGACCCAGGGGUGACAGAGCAAGGGACAACUUCAAAAGGAGAUCAUUUGAAUUUGAAGACCUUGUACAGUCAACCAGCCCACUCUUCACUCACGCUCAGGAACAUCACUACGAAGACAUACUGGACUCGUCCCAGGAGAACCCCUAUGAAGACAUAGAGCUGGAGAGCCAGUGCUCCCAGCAGUCUUUGCCCUCUUCUCCUGGCGCUGACACAGCUAAGGCCUCUAGACCUGGUUUCUUCAGGCAGAAUUCAGCCAGGAGCUUUAAGCUGCUGGACCUGCGGAGGUCCACUCAGCAGACGCACAGUACUGGCAGAGAGGGUGUUUCAUCACCGCCCCAGCUCAGCCCUCCAUCCACCCCAACUGGGUCUGAACACACCCCCUGGCUGCCUGGGGAUCUUUACAGCCGCACCUGCCGCAGGAUACCGACGGUCGUAUUGAGGAUCAACAGCACGUUUGAAGCUCGGAUUGGGAAGAAACAUCUCAGGAGGAUCUAUCAUUAUGCGGAGACAAGUUCAGGAAGAGUAACAGAUGAGAACAGCGACUCUGAGAGUGAAAUUGAGGAAAGAGCAAAAGCUCACCGUCAGCGUCUCGUGUCAGUCCAGUCAAUCCUGAGUCAGCCGAGCCAGGCCCACUACAACGGCACCAACAGCAGAAACAGCUCUCGGGAACAGGACCUGCACCAGCGCAAACUUUUUGAGUAUUUCCUGGUCGUGUCGCUGCAGAAGUCAAAGGCUGGCGGCCACUAUCUGCCGGAGGUCACACAACAGUUCCCCCUCAAGCUAGAGCGAAGCUUCAAGUUCAUGAGGGAGACGGAAGAUCAGCUGAGGAUAAUUCCCCAGUUCUGUUUCCCAGAUGCAAAAGACUGGGAGCCGGUGGAGAGCUUCCCAAGCGAGAUGUUCUCCUUUGUUUUGACUGGAGAGGACGGGAGCAGGAGAUUCGGGUACUGCCGGCGUUUACUGCCCAGUGGAAAAGGCCGACGUCUGCCAGAGGUCUAUUGUAUUGUUAGUCAUCUUGGCUGUUUCAACCUGUUCUCCAAGGUGCUGGAUGAGGUGGAGCGGCGGAGGGCUCUGUCCCCGGCCCUGGUGCAGCCCUUCAUGAGAGCCAUCAUGGAGGCCCAGUUUCCAGCUCCUGGCAGAACCAUCAACAUCAAAACGUUCCUCCCUGGAUCCGGCACUGAGGUGAUGGAGCUCUGUCGGCCGUCUGACUCACGCCUGGAGCACGUCGACUUUGAAUGCCUCUUCUCUUGUCUGAGACUGAGGCUUCUCCUCAGGGUGUUUGGCUCCCUGCUGCUGGAAAGACGGGUCAUCUUCACCGCCGACAAGCUCAGUACUCUCUCCCAGUGCUGUCAUGCAGUCGUGGCGUUGCUGUAUCCGUUCGUGUGGCAGCACACUUACAUCCCCGUGCUGCCCUCCGCUAUGCUCGACAUCGUGUGCACCCCGACCCCUUUCCUCGUCGGCCUGCUGUCCAGCUCCCUGCCCCAGCUCACUGAGCUGCCCCUGGAGGAGGUUCUGGUCGUGGAUCUUGGAAACAGUCGUUUUCUCAGGCAGUUGGACGACGAGGACACCAUCCUGCCGUCCAAGCUCCAGUCGGCCCUGGAGAACGUUCUGGAGAGGAGAAGAGAGCUGGCUAAUGAGCGCGGAGGAGAUCCAAGCGGCGACUCCGGCCACCUGAGCACCGUCGUGUCCGAGGCCUUCGUGCGCUUCUUCGUCGAGCUCGUGGGCCACUACCCCCUCUUCAUCACCGGCGACCGGGAGGAUGGCUACUCCUCCUCGUCCUCCUCCCCCGUCUCCUGCUCGUUCCUGCGCGAGGGUUUUCGCAAGGCCAUCCCAUCCAAGACCAUCCGCCGCUUCCUGGAUGUCUUCAUGGAGACCCAGAUGUUUGGCUGGUUCAUCCAGGAGAGGGAGCUUCACCGGCAGGCUCUGAGAGGGCUGUUUGAAGUGAGAGUGCAGGAGUAUCUGGACUCUAUCAAUGAGAAUGAACAUCGGAGGGUUAACAGGUUUCUUAAAGGCUUGGGAAACAAAAUGAAGUUUCUCUCCAAGAAGUAAUGCCACUAAUUGCACAAAAAAAAGAAAAAAAAGACGUAAACUUGAGAGAAGAAGCACUGAAACCAUAAAACACUUCACGGACUGCUGAAGGUUGCUGUGGUUACAACUUCCUGCUGCCAUUUCCCCUCCGCACCCUCCUGCCACAGGACAACGAUGCUUCAUCACACAGAUGAAGACCGUGACAGUAUUAUUUAAGAGGACACAUGAAAAUAUUCAGCAUGUAGUUGUGAAGAUUUACGUGAUUUAUGUUCUGCGUGUGUGCUCCCCCGGCCGUUCAGCACCGCAGUCUUCUCCACAACCACCAGGGGGCAGGAGUAUAUAUUUUGUGAACCUGACACUGACCGUGGCUGAACAGAAAAACCCACAGGAUCUGAGCUUUCCCGCUCCCAAAUCCCUCAGUUUUCUUACAGUCAUAACAGUGACAACAUCACAAGUGCUUUGAAUAAAUAUCCCCCGGUUCUGAUGUGGUGA